AUGAGCAAGCCGUACAAGAAGCGUGUCAUCCAGGCCGACUCGGACGAGUCCGACAACGACCAGCCAGAGUUCAAGCGCCCCAAGGCCGCAGACGACACUGUUGAUCCCUCGACAGGCGCUCCUGCCAAUGCCGCUCCCAUUGCUGUCCCGAACGGAGACGCCGUCAGUGGACAGGUCGACACCGUCAUGAACGAUGCGACGGCCGAGGCGCUCGACCCCAAGGCGAAGCAGCUCGCCGUCUUCACCACCGGCGAGUCGGACAGCGAGGACGACAUCCCGCUCGCACAGCAGGCCGCCGCCGCAGGUGUCGCAGUGACGGAGGGCAGCGGUGCGAACGGGAAGAAGCGCGCCGCGUCCGAGUCGGACAGCGAGGACGAGAAGCCGCUCGCUCAGACGGCUGCUGGCAAGAAGCGCUCGAACGGCCGCGCCGCUUCGAAGGACUACUCGUCCUCUGAGGACGAGAAGCCUCUCGCCAAGACGGCAGCCAAGUCGAAGCGUCCGAGGGCGUCGACGAGCCGCGCCAAGAGCGUGAAGGAGGAGUCGGAGGAGGAGGAGGAUUUCUCGGAGACGGAGGACGCGAGCGACGACUAUUCGAGCGGCUCCGACACUCCCCUCGCCAAGAAGAAGAAGGCACCCACGAAGGGCAAGGGUAAGGCGAAGGCUGCGCCCGCCAAAAAGGCGACUCCCGCGAAGAAGGCGGCGCCGAAGAAGCCGAAGAAGGAGGAGGACGAGGGAUCUGCCUCGCCUGCUCCCAGGAAGGGCAAGGGAAAGGCGAAGAAGGAGGACGACGAGGAGUCGAGGGAGGCGGGCAGCGGCGACGAGGAUGUCUACAAGUGGUGGGAGAACCAGAACGACGGCGAGGAGAAGUGGAAGACGCUCGAGCACCACGGCGUCCUCUUCCCUCCCGAGUACACCCCUCACGGCGUCAAGAUGAACUACGACGGCAAGCCCGUCGAGCUCGCUCCCGAAGCCGAGGAGGUCGCCAGCUUCUUCGCCGCCAUCCUCGAGACCGACUACGUCAAGAACCCCGUCUUCGUCCGCAACUUCUUCGAUGACUGGCAGAAGGUCCUCAAGGCUCACCCAUGCCCCGACGGCACGAAGAUCAAGUCGUACGAGAAAUGCGACUUCAAGCCGAUCUUCGCCUACCUCGAGGCGGAGAAGCAGAAGAAGAAGUCGAUGACGGCGGCGGAGAAGAAGGCUGCCAAGGCGGAGAAGGACGCGCUGGAGGAAAAGUUCAAGUGGUGCUACCUUGACGGCAGGAAGGAGAAAGUUGGGAACUUCAGGAUUGAGCCGCCCGGCUUGUUCAGGGGUCGCGGCGAGCACCCGAAGACGGGCAUGCUCAAGACUCGCGUCCGCCCCGAGCAGAUCACGAUCAACAUCGGCAAGGGCGUCGAGGUCCCGCCUCCUCCGCCCGGCCACAAGUGGCACAAGGUUGUCCACGACAACAAGGUCACCUGGCUUGCGACGUGGAAGGAGAACAUCAACGGUAACGUCAAAUAUGUCUUCCUCGCCGCCGGCUCUUCCCUCAAGGGCCAGAGCGACCUCAAGAAGUUCGAGAAAGCUCGCAGCUUGAAGGAACACGUCGACCGCAUCCGCGCCGACUACACCGCCGACCUCAAGUCGAAGGAAAUGGCGACCCGCCAGCGCGCGACGGCCAUCUACCUCAUCGACCGCUUCGCUCUCCGUGCCGGAAACGAGAAGGGCGAGGACGAGGCCGACACGGUCGGCUGUUGCUCGCUCCGCUUUGAGCACGUCACCCUCACCCCGCCGAACAAGGUCACGUUCGACUUCCUCGGCAAGGACUCGAUUCGUUACGUCAACGAGGUCGAGGUCGACGAGCAGGUGUUCAAGAAUUUCAAGAUUUUCAAGAAGGAGCCCAAGACCGUCGGCGAUUUGCUCUUCGACCGUCUUAACACCUCGGUCGUCAACAAGUACCUCACGUCGUACAUGGACGGCCUCACUGCCAAGGUCUUCCGUACCUACAACGCCUCGUGGACCUUCGCCCAGCAGCUCAAGAACACCCCCGCCGACGCCUCGGUCGCCGACAAACUCCUCGCCUACAACCGCGCGAACCGCCUCGUCGCCGUCCUCUGUAACCACCAGAAAUCCGUCUCGAAGGGUCACUCGGCUGCGAUGGAGAAGAUGCACGACAAGAUCCGUGCUCUCAAGUACCAGCGCAUGAAGCUUCGCAAGCAGCUGUUUGCGAACGCCGACAAGCCGAAGAAGCACAAGCAGGCUUACGGCGACGACGAGUCGGACCUCGACGACGAGUGGAUCCAGGAGCACGAGAAGGCUCUUGUCGUGCAGGAGCGCGACAAGAUCCGCAAAAAGUUCGACAAGGAGAACUCGAAGCGCGAGGCGGAUGGGGAAAAGAUCAUGCCGGAGAAGGAGCUCAACGAGCGCCUGAAGGCGGCGGAUGCGCUCGAGAAGAAGAUCAGGGCGGAGCGUAAGGCCGGGUACGAGGAGUCGAGCCAGUCUGAGGACAAGCUCCUCAAGGCUCUCGAGAAGCUUGACGACCGUAUCAAGGUCGCCAAGACGAACCUUGUCGACAAGGACGAGGGCAAGGAGAUCUCGCUCGGCACUUCGAAGAUUAAUUAUAUUGAUCCUCGAAUCUCGGUCGCCUGGUGCAAGAAGUUCGACGUCCCGCUCAACAAGGUCCUCACGAAGACGCUCCUCGAGAAGUUCACGUGGGCCACGCACGUCGAGGCCGACUUUGAGUGGUAG